CUUUAGAAAGACACAAACAUGAGCUGAACGGAGAGGGGGAGAGCGCUGCGCGGCUUCGCGUUGGGAACUUGGGAGCAAAAUGUGCCUUUUAGACCUGGAAUAUGCGAUUUCCAAAACGGAUUACAUUUAGUAAGAUGUGUCACAUUACCAGGUCAAACAAAGGGAUUACCUUAAACAUUUUCAACUCUAUAUCAGCACAGAAUCAAGUGCGUUGCGGAAGUCCGUUGCUGAGGUGAUUUAACGUAGUCAAAAGUGACACGACGUUGAAACUAAAGGGCAGUGGAAUUACAUAUGCUGUUUGCUCAUUUGGAAACUUUAUCUUGUUAUUGAUACCUGUUCUUCUCAGACUUUCUGUCAUCUUAUGUGUCCGGUCGGAAAUAUUAACUAUCAUUUUCCCAAAUGAGAUGUAAGUUCGCGCCUUCGGAGUUGAUGGGGAGCACGAGACAACCAGCGAACCUCACUGAGAAACUUACGGAGAAAAACAUGCCGUCUUUUCAUCCAUGGAGACAUGGCAUAUAGGUUCCUCUCCAGCCGAAUCGUGCCAUCCUCAAACAGAUUAAGCAGAAGAUUUAUUUUUAUAUUCACUAUCUCUUUGUGUUUCAUGUAUCUAUGCUACAGCAUCAUCUUCUGCUCGGGUACAAUCAUGCCUAACCAGAGAUUGGAGGAUCACCGCUGCGUCCAUCUGAAGAACAUGGGAAGUAAAAAACUUUUACAGAAGUCACAUUAUUGCACUAUAUCAGCGAAAGCGAGAGUUAUCUCGGAUGAGACGAGGGCUGUGGGUCUCUUAAACCUUACUGGCAACCAAAGCAAACAUUCAGCCUUUCAGAAAACACAAGAUGUGGUAGAUCACAAGCAGAGUAAUAACAGUAAUUCGCCAAAAUACGGGAAUAAGAAGUUGCCCAAUGCACUUAUAGUUGGCGUUAAGAAAGGAGGCACCAGGGCGGUGCUGGAGUUCAUCCGGAUUCAUCCAGAUGUUCGAGCUCUUGGGACUGAACCACAUUUCUUUGAUAGAAACUAUGACAAAGGAUUGGACUGGUACAGGGGCCUUAUGCCACGGACUUUGGACAGCCAAAUCACCAUGGAGAAAACGCCGAGUUACUUUGUGACACGGGAGGCACCGCGACGCAUCUCGAACAUGUCUCGUGAAACAAAGCUGAUUGUUGUAGUGCGAAACCCGGUCACGAGGGCGAUCUCCGACUACACACAGACCCUGUCAAAGAAGCCCGACAUCCCCUCUUUUGAGGAACUAGCAUUCAAGAACAGGAGUCAAGGCAUCGUGGACACCUCCUGGAACGCCAUCCGCAUAGGCAUGUACAUCCUACACCUGGAGAACUGGCUGCAAUACUUCCGUCUGUCACAGAUUCAUUUCGUCAGCGGGGAGCGGCUCAUCACGGAUCCGGCCGGAGAGCUGGGCCGGGUGCAGGACUUCCUGGGGCUCAAACGUAUCAUCACAGACAAGCACUUCUACUUCAACCGAACAAAAGGCUUCCCGUGCCUGAAGAAGCCGGAAAGCAGCAGCCAGCCCCGCUGCCUGGGCAAGUCCAAGGGCAGAACUCACGUUCAGAUUGACCAGGAAGUCAUUGAGCAGCUUAGAGAAUUUUAUAGGCCAUUUAAUGUGAAAUUUUAUGAAAUGGUGGGUCAUGACUUCAGAUGGGACUGAGGAGGAGGACCUUGGUGAAACCAACCUUGCUCUUCUGAUGAUGAGUAUGUCUUCAAAGGAUUUGUUCAUCCAAAAAUUAAAAUUUGGUCAUCAUUUACUCACCCUAACAUUGUUCCAAACCUGUAUGACUUUCUUUCUUCUGUGGAGCAUAAAAGAAGAUAUUUAGAAGAAUGUGCUGGUUGCUGUUUACUCAUUUUCCAUAACAGCUUUUAUAAUACUUUUAUGGUGUUUUUACACCCUUUUUAAAGCUUGAAAGCUCCAGUUUAUUAUAUAUGCACUACUGUUUAAAAGGUUUUUUUUGUCAGUAAGUUUUUUUUUAAAAGAAAUAUGUUUCUUAAGCAGAAACUCAGCAUAUUUUAAUGAUUUCUGAAGGAUCAUGUGACACUGAAUACUAGAGUAAUGAUGCUGAAAAUUCAGCUUUGACAUCACAGGAAUAAACUAGAUUUUAAAAUAUAUUUUAAA